AUGCUGACGUGCGCCGCCGCUCACGCGCUCACGUAUUUUAAUGGGAUCUUUAGUUUGUUGGGGCCGUGGCCGCCGGUGUGUGGGUGUGGUGGCAUUACAAUGCUGGAAAAAAAGAAAGAAACAAUGGGGGAGACGUCUAACGGAUCAACUGGGUGGAUCGCCCCCCCCCCCCCCACACACACACAAGGGCUGCAGAAGGUGCUACGAGCGUGGAGAGCUUUGGUAACGUGCUUCCCUGUAGGCACGUUUGCGCAUUUCAUUGUGGAUUUGGUUAAACCGGCGAGGCUUGCAGCUAAGUGCCACAAACGCGUUGCUUAG